AUGCUGACCUCUGAAACACAGCCCAACACGAUGCUUAGCAUCUCCCCCGACCUCCCGCGCUCAAAUUUCGCGCUUGGACGUGCUCGUUGUUGCGCGCGCGGACCCGCAAUCGGCAACGUCGGCUUGCCUCCCACCAUCACCAUCUUCGCGUCCUCAUCCACCGCCUCCAUACCCGCUCCGCCUUUCUUCUACCACAGACGUCCCCCGCCUCCUCCUCUCUCGCGCCUUCAACCCAGGACGGCCCUGAUCGCCCGCGAGUACGCGCGUCCACCCGUGCGCGCGUUAUCUGGCUCCAAAUUCGACACGCACCAAUAGGGACAGCGCGCGUACCGCCCGCGUCACUGUACACCCCAAUCCCCCUUUGAUCCCCCCUACCCCGCUAGUCGACGUGCGCAGGAGAAAACAUCGGGCAAGGCUAUCGACCCCCCUACUCCCCCCCUCGAUCACCGACCAUAACGAGCGCGUGCAGUAGGCCGGCGUUGCCUCCUACGUGCAGCGCGUACAUCUCCCGUUCCUCACCUGCCUGCGGCACGCUCGUUGCGGACCGCUAGUGUGCGCGAGCUGUACCGCAGGUCGCGCCGGCAACAUACACGCCACCCAGACAAUGGCCUAUCGCCAUUGUCUGGGAUCUUCUACGCUUCCCGCGCAUGCCCUUCCCCUCCCCUGCCCACUUCCAAACGUGCGCUUGCAUCCGCGCGCUUGCGCGGGCAGCACAGCACGUGUCGCG